AUGUCUUCAACAACAUCCGCCUCCACCUCCACCUCCCCGGGCUCAACUCCACCACCCCAAGGCUUCCAGGGCUCGCAAGGCACCCCGCAGAAUUCCCUGUACGGGAACUCCGGCGCCAGCGCCUCGAACUCCUCGUCCCGACCGCGCACCGGCACCCCGCACAGCGCGAGGAAGAGGAGUGGCCGGCUUGGGAGGGUACCGACGAGGUUCACGGCUAGUAUGCAAGAUCGGCAAGCGAGGAACAAGGACCCGUAUUCGAGCGAUUCUAGUAGUGAGGAUGAGUUGAGCACGAGGCGGUUUGAUGCGUAUGGCAACGAUUCGUAUGAGAACAUCGAGAAGCGGAGGCAGGCGGCGAUUAUCCUUGAUUCUCCGGAGCUGUUGAUGAUGCACUCGCAGGCUCGUGGCGAUAGUAUCCCGGGCACCCGCCACUACUUCACCAAGAUCCUCUGCGGCUACCACGACGAGGAGGACACGUACCCUGACAACGGCCAGCUUCCUGAGAAGGAGAAGGAGAAGUUCAAGAGACAUGUGUCGGAGCAGAGCUCGAGAAAGUGA